AUGCGGUCUAUGAUGCUGUACGGGGCCCCAGUAUGGGCCUCGGACGCGAUGGCAAGCCGGCGCAUUAAACAGCUGCUGCGCCGGCUGGAGAGGCGGAUGGCCAUAAGGGUCAUCCGCGGAUACCGCACCAUCUCCUACGUGGCGGUGCAAGCUCUGGCGGGUGAAAUACCUUCGAACUGCAGGCUACCCGCCUUGUUCGGAGGAUUCCGCCGGAGCCAGAGAUGGAGACGGUCGAGGAAUUCGAAGGCCAGCCCUGGCCAUAUCCGACUGGCGCUCGCGACUUGGCGUCUGGAGCUGAGCUCCCACGCCGGCGAGCGCGUCGCCGGGGCUCUCUUGCCACACCUCAAAAGGUGGAGGGAGAGGCGGCAUGGUAGGCUCACCUGCCGGGCGACGCAGGUAUUCACCGGGCAUGGCUGCUUCGGUGUCUAUCUGUGUCGCAUAGGGAAGGAAGCGGCGGCAGCCUGCCACCACUGUGGCGAGGAGGAAGACUCGGCGCAGCACACGCUGGAGGAAUGCCCCGCCUUUUCAAGCAUGCCAAAUCAGGCAUGA